CUGCAGCAUUCAUCCAUUCAUUCUUCAAAAUGGAUGAUGAUUCAAAACAGCUGGAGAUCGACAGCGUAAGGAGCAACAAUGAUGCAAUCAUCAAUGGGGAGCAGGCUGCAAUGGUACCCUCUGAUAUUCUUGAGGAGAAGGCAAAUGCAGAAAAUGUUGUGAAAGAUGAGGAGAACGAUCAUGUCAGACAGACGGAAAAUAUUGAAGACAUCCACGAUGACACGGCGCAAGAUCCAAUUCAUACCGAGGCUAUCGCACAAGAUACCAAAGAAACAAUCCCAGACGUGAUCGCAGACUCGAUAAAUGCUAUGCCAGAAGCACAGACAGCCAUAUCCGAUCUGGACCUAAUCAGAGCACAAAUAGAAGCCGAUGCUGAGAUGCAAAAAGUUACAGAAUCAGAAGGUAUCACUUCAGGUCCGCAAGACGAGCUGAAACGUCUACGACAGCUAGUGCUUGCUACACGAGGAAGCAAAGGACAACUGCCUCCAGGAUGGGACGAUGAAGCGGGAAGUGAACAAGUUGUUCCAGGAGAACAAGCACAACCUGGAGGGGAAGGCCAAAGUUCUGAAGAUCUGGUACAGUCUGCUUUGAAGAAAGUGGAUGCUACCCAAGUGCCAGAUUCUGAGGAGGACGAUGACAGCAAUUCUGAUUCUUCAAGCGAUGAGAGCAGCAGCAGUAGCGACUCUUUACCAUCUACAGGCGCUGGCGUGAGAAAUGGAAAACGAAGAGGAAAAGUGGUCAUGCAAACCGGAUACGAUUCGGGAGAUGAUGGUGAGGGUGGCGCAUCUGGUGCAGGAGGGAGAGGGCCAGCAACAAAGAAUGAAGUAAUUGAGCCAACUGUAGAUGUACCUCCUUACACACUCGUUCCGGAAGGUAUCGAUAUCCGUUCUUUGGGCAAGAUUCAUUCAAUCGUUGACAGUGUCGUGGUUGUUUCACAAGAUACGGGUAAAGCACCUGGAGCACAGAAUACAAAUGGAUAUUUGGUCCCUCCUGUUGAUCGGACAGGCAGAGUUGGCGAACAAGAAGGAGAAUAUAGCGUACUGGAUACUGGCAGCGUAUUGGCAUUCGAAGAUCGCAAUGUACUUGGUGUUGUGUUUGAGACAUUUGGAUCUGUUCAAGCGCCUCUGUAUGCUCUUCGAUUCGCUUCCUCCGCUCAUGUUAAUCUUGACCAGAUUCAGCUUGGCAAGCCAGUCUUUUACGUUCCAAACGGCAGCUCUUAUAUCCUAACACGUGCUCUUAGAGCAAUGGGUAAAGGUAGUGAUGCAAGCAAUAUCUGGGAUGAAGAAGUUGGAGAUGCAGAGCAAGAAUUUAGUGAUGAUGAAGCGGAAGCAGCUUUCAAAAAGAAUCAAAAAGCAAAACGAAGUGGAAAUAGCGAUAAAGAUGGAGGUAAAGGAAAGAAACGCAACGCUGAAAAUGCAUUUGCAGGUCAAAAUAGCGCUCAGGUGAAGUCAUCCGUUGUAAAACACAAUCUACCUGCUCGACCGAUGGGGUCCGCAAUGCAACCGGCCAUGCACAGGGAUGCAGAUUUGAGCUCGGCUACAAGAUCGAUGCCAUUGCCAUAUGAUGACGAUGGACAAAUAUCUUCCACACCAUUACCCGGACUAGAAACCUCGUACGAGAGUAAUGUGCUGUCCUAUUCUUCACCUUCUACUGUAGGUGCUCCUUCCUACCAACACAUCAGACCUCGUGGUGGUUCAUCGCAGGUAAUGCGUGGCCGUGGCAGAGGAAAUGGAAGAGGUGGUAUGAUAGGACACGUUAAUCCAAAUAUGAACAACUCAAGCUCGCCUGUAGGAGCGAACGGAUGGAAUACUGGUACGCAAAUGCCACAAAUGCUACAGCAGCAAGCGCAAUGGUCAGGUCAAGGCUAUCCACAACAGCAACAGCAACAAUGGCAAGCCUCUUAUGGCCAGGCAUAUCAACAGCAACCACAAAUGAUGAAUCCACAAAUGCAACAGUAUGCCGGGUAUGCUGCCACACAGGGAUAUCCUGUGUAUACUCAAGCUGUAGAACAACAAGGUGUCGAUUCUACCAAUUCAUACGAUCCUUCCAAGCCUCUGUUCCCUUAUCGUCAACAACAACAGCAGCAGCAGCAGCAGCAAUCGACUGCUCCUCCCCAAUAUUCCUAUGGGCAACAAGGAUGGCCCACAUACCCAUAUCAACCUCAGAAUGGCUCGCCACCGAAUUGAUGCAAUGAAUAGAGAUCGAUGGCAAAUAAGUAGUCUAUUGUACAAUAUUUCGUCGUUAAAUCAUGUAUUUUAAUUGUACAA